CGGAAGUUCACCAUGAGAUGGGUGUCAAAGCAAGGUGCUGUGAUGGGGUCGUUGGUUGAUGGUUUGGAACAUGCCAAGUACACCCUCGAAAGUGCGCCAACCAUGGAUGAGCGGAAGACUAAUUGGUUGACCCGACUUAUGAACAACCUCCUGAGUUGUACCAGAGAGCAAAGGAGGGAUGUCGUGGCCUAUCCUCCCGUUCCUGCCCCGGCACGACCCUCAUUCCGUGAUGAUGCACCCAUUGUGCCCCCGGUUGAGCCCCCACGAAGGAGCAAACGCAGGCCUCUACCUACAUUCGAUGAGGUGCGUACAACUCGAGAAACCGAGAUCCCUGAACCGUUCGAGUACCAGUGGGCACCUACAGCGGAAGCCGGUGGAGGGUCAUCGAGUCGU